AUGUCAAAUCUGUUACGCGUUGACAGCAAUCUUGAUGCUACAUCACAAGUAGAUAUGGAGGACUACAGAGACGACGUGCGUAUUAUUGGCUACGAUCCAUUGGUACAACCUGCGUUACUCCAGCAUGAGAUUAGAUCCACUGCUGAGAGCCAAAAGUCUAUAGCAAUGGGUAGAAAUGCCGCAGCCAACAUUAUACACAACAGGGACGACAGAGUGAUCGUCGUUAUUGGUCCAUGCUCCAUCCACUCACCUGAACAAGCUAUCGAAUACGCUAAGAUGCUCAAGGAAAAAAUUCCUCAAUGGCCAGGUUUGCAUAUCAUCAUGAGAGCUUACUUUGAGAAGCCACGUACUACUGUUGGUUGGAAGGGUCUCAUUAACGAUCCAGAUAUCAACGGUUCAUUCAAAAUUAACAAGGGUUUGAGAAUCGCCAGACAACUCCUUUGCGAUAUCACUGAACUUGGUCUUCCUGUUGGAUGUGAAUUGUUGGACACAAUUUCACCACAAUACCUCGCCGAUUUGGUAUCAUGGGGUGCAAUUGGUGCUAGAACAACUGAAUCUCAAUUACACAGAGAAUUAGCUUCAGGUGUUUCCUUCCCAAUUGGUUUCAAGAACGGUACAGACGGUUCAGUUGGUGUAUCCGUUGACGCUAUGCGCUCAGCAGCCCACCCACACUCUUUCAUGGGUGUCACUGAGCAAGGCUUGGCUGCGAUCGUCAAGACUGCAGGUAACGCUGACCUUCACCUUAUUUUGAGAGGUGGUACUAAGGGCACAAACUUCGACAAGGACUCCGUACAAGCCGCUGAAGCUGCCAUUAAGAAAGCACGCCCAGAUAACCACCCAGCUAUUAUGAUUGACUGCUCACACGGUAACAGCUCAAAGAACCACCGUAACCAACCAAAGGUUAUUUCAGAUAUCUCACAACAAAUCCGUGCUGGAAACAGAUCAAUUGUUGGUGUCAUGGCUGAAUCUAACAUCUGUGAAGGUAGACAAGAUGUUCCAGCUGAAGGUCCAUCUGGAUUGAAGCACGGUGUAUCAAUUACUGAUGCAUGCGUUGACUUUGAAUCAACUGUCAACAUGCUCAACGAACUCAAUGAUGCUGUACUCUUCAGACGCUCACAAUCUAGCCAAUCAAAUGGCGUUCAUUGA